AAGUGAUCCUUUCAGCUGUCAUGGCUGAAAAAAGAAGAGUUGUGGGGCUACCUCUGCUGCUUCUCUUUAUGUCUGUCGCUGCUUUACAUUUAUUUUCUUGCCCUUUCACUAAAGUUGAAGAGAGUUUCAAUUUACAAGCGGCACAUGACAUUCUGUAUCACAGACUUGACUUUGACAAGUACGAUCAUCAUGAAUUCCCUGGAGUUGUGCCACGAUCGUUUCUCGGACCCUUGUUUCUCUCUGCAUUCUGCUCUCCAUUUGUCCUUCUUCUGUCUCUGCUGGAUGCACCCAAAUUCUACACUCAGCUAACAGUUCGAGCUUCACUGGGAUUGUGUGUCAUUGCUGCUCUGUGGCACAUGCAGCGAGAGGUAAGGAGGCAGUUUGGCUCCACAGUUGCAGGUCUUUUCUGCCUUACCUGUGCAUCCCAGUUUCACCUGAUGUUCUACAGCACAAGGACACUCCCCAAUGUCUUUGCACUCCCUCUGGUUCUUAUAGCGUUCACAUCAUGGAUGGCUCAGAAACAUGCUCGAUUCAUCUGCCUCUCUGCGUUGGUGGUCAUCGUCUUCCGGUCUGAGCUGUGCAUCCUCCUGGGCCUCAUGUUGCUGAUGUCUCUGCUGAGCAGGAGGCUUGGACUGCUGCAGCUGCUUUCCUACGCUGUUCCUGCUGGGAUCUUGUCCCUGGCUCUGACAGUGACAGUUGACUCCUUCUUUUGGGGGAGACUUCUGUGGCCUGAGGGCCAGGUCUUGUGGUACAAUACCAUCCUAAACAAGAGCUCCAACUGGGGAACCGCUCCCUUUUUGUGGUACUUUUACUCUGCGGUUCCUCGUGCUCUGGGCUGCACGCUUCUCUUUGUACCUCUUGGCCUCUUUGACAGGCGAGUAAGGUCGCUGCUGCUUCCCACUGUAGGUUUCAUUCUCAUCUACUCACUUCUGCCUCACAAAGAGCUGCGUUUCAUCAUUUACACAUUCCCAGUGCUCAGUUUGGCUGCUGCACGUGGCUGCCUGUUCAUUUUGUGCAACUAUCAGAAAUCCUGGAUGUACAAACUAGGAUCAGCUGUUGUGGUUGGACAGCUGUUGAUCAACACAAUGUACUCUAGCAUUUGUUUGUAUGCUUCGCACCACAAUUACCCUGGUGGCAGAGGAAUGCAGGAACUUCACAAGCUGCUUCCUGCGACAGCAGAUGUCUUUGUGCACAUCGACACCUAUGCAGCUGAGACGGGAGUGUCCCGCUUCUUGGAGCAAAACAAAAAUUGGAGAUAUGACAAAAGAGAAGGUUUAAACCCCACAAGUCCUGAAAUCAGAAUGUACACACACCUUCUGAUGGAGGCCAACUUCACCAAGAUACAGCAGCUUCUGGUCACUCAUCAGCCUCUGGCUUUCAUCGAGGGCUACAAAAACCUCGCCUUCGACAUGACAAACUUCCCUCCAGUCAGCGUGCGAUUAGAGAGGAAAACGGUCCUGAUGGAGAGGAAAACUGACUGGCCCAAAGAGAAGAGUUAACAAUGGGCUGAUUUUUCUGGAACUUUGACUUGUGAAAACAAUUAGUGCAUAAGUUUCUCCAGAUGUCCCAUUUUCAUACAGAUCAGCAAGAUCUACGUCUCCAGCAGAUUUGUGGAUUGAUUACAUUAAGAAUUAUGUGUACACUUUGCAGACAGAAAUGUCAAUACCAAUAAAGCUGAUUGAAAGUAAAGUGAUGGGAACACCUUAAACCAACAGGCAUCUGUACACAUGCCCUUUUAUGGCUUAUAAUUUUAAUCUUUUGAAGUGAAGUUCUGUGGAAAGAUUAUAAACUUUUACAUGUUGUAGAUAGCUCUUUGAAUGGCCUCAUUUAGGAGAAAUAAAGAUUUGUUCUGAUGGAA